AAAAGCUGACAGUUAACUUCCCUUAGAACUCGGUCCCUGUCUGUAAAGCUAUUGUUGCUUAAAAUUUUUAAAAAAGUUCAAUUAUGAAAAUUCGUAGUGGGCUGGUUUUGACAGCUUUAGCAUCUCAAAUAUCAUCGGCAUUUGAUGAAUCAUCACAAAAAUAUAGGCUUCGUCAACAUCAAUAUCAUCAGCAGGAUUCAUCGCAUAUUACAGAAUACAUUUGUCGUGCACAAAAAAUGGUGUACAGGUUUAAGGAAAAGGUGGGUUGUCCUGGUAUGUCUGUCUGUGUUUCAUUAGCAGGGAAGAUUAUUUAUCAAGAAGAUAAUCUAAUGUUUAUACACUUUUUUGAAGGUGUUGGAUAUGCCAAUGUUGAGCAUAUGGUACCAGUAAAUGAAAAUACAGUAUUUCGAAUAGCGAGUAUUAGUAAGCCGUUUACUUCGUUAUUGGUUGGAAGAUUAUUGGAUCAACACAAGUUAGAUCUUGACGAAGAUAUCCGAUCCUAUUUACCUGAGUUUCCGGAGAAAACAGUCAGUGGAACUUAUGCAAAAAUAACUGUUCGAUCAUUGCUCAACCAUACCAGUGGUAUUCGUAGUUACAAAAAAAUUUCAGAUGAAAAUAAACAAUCAGCGUAUCCAGAAAUGUUAAAUACUGUUCGUUUUAACGAUACAUUAAAUGCUUGUGAUAUGUUUAAAAAUGAUACAUUAGUUCAUGAACCUGGUAUUGAAUACACCUAUAGUACAUUUGCAUUCACUUUAUUAUCAGCAGUUAUUGAAAAAAUUUGUUUAAACAAAGGUAGUUUAUUUGAUCAACCAUUAGCAACAGUUAAAGGUGAAUCAAAGUCAUCUUGUGAAAACGAAGCAAAAUCUACAAACAGUUUACCGAAAUGGGCAAGAUUUGAUACCAAUCUUUUAAGACUUUUUCAAUACCUCAAUUUGAAUAAUACCUGUUUAGAGUAUCCUGAGAAGAUAAUUUCUUCAAGAGCUGCCCAGUAUUGUCGUUCCGAUAAAGGCAUACUUACAAACACUCCCACAAUUGAUAAUUCAUAUAAAUGGGGUGGUGGAGGUAUUCUUUCUACAGCUAGUGAUCUAAUUCGCUUAGCUGAUCAUCUAGCAUUUAUUUAUAUGGGUUGGCUUGAAUCAUAUGGAAUUGUUAAACAGUCUACUUUGAAUCAAUUAUUAUGGAAAGUUUCUUGUGUACCACCAGAUCGAAGUACAUUACCUGGACUGGGUUGGUUUUUAGCCAGACGUUCAGGUGAUCCAGCAACCAAAGAAAAUGGAUACCCUGACCGAUUAUAUGCAUUGCAUACAGGUGGUGCAGUGGGUGGUACAACUGUUCUUCUUCUUAGUCUCCCUUUGUUAUGUAAUAAUGAUAAUAUUCCUAAUAAGACAAAUGAAGGAAACACUUUUUCUACUACGGAUAAUAAUCAUAAUUUCAUUUCAUCUGUACAAAAUAACACUGUGAUAAUAUCUCCAGUGAAUAAAAUAUAUCCAGUAGAUGUUCGAAUAAAAGCAGCCAAUAUUCCGCCAAUUAAUGUGGCUAUUUUAACUAAUUUAGAAAAUGUUUCUGGUAUAUCAGAACUAGCUAUACAUUUAUCGGAAUUAUUUUUGGAUUAUGCUAUAAAAUUAAAAGAAUAUGAAGAUGAUGAAGAAAUAAAGAAAUGUUGAUUCAAGGAGUAUUGAUCAAUUUGAAUAUUACUUUUUGGCUCUCUUUUUGUUUGUUACCUUGUAGUUUUGAUUAUAUUAUCUUUCCUAUUGAAAGGUUUACUGGAUCAUAAUAAUAAUAUCUAUGCGUGAUUUGAUAAUAAGUAACAUUUUCUUAUGCAAUUCGAUAAAUUGAAAGAAAAGACAUUUAUCAAUAUUUGACUAAACUAUUUAUUUCUGUACAAAGAAUGAAUAAGACAGUUCACUUGAUGUCAAUAUCCGAAUUUUAUUUGGUCUUCGGGAAUUCUUUUUUUGGAAUAGUGAAUGUUUAUUGUCAUGUUAACAUUCGAAAUUUCAUUUAAUUCACAGAUUUUUCUUCAUUUUUUAAAAUAAUUGCAAAUAUUUUGAAAAUAAUCGUUUCUGUAUAAUA